CAUGUUUAAUUUAUUUAUCAGGCUUUUUUGUGCAAAGUAAUGUACAUUUUGUGGGAUAAGCAGCACCUGACGGUCCCUGAACCAAUCCGCAUCAAGGGCCCAGAAGUGACAUCACUUCGUCGAGCCUAAGAUUGGAACUGGCGGCCUUCUUAUCGCAGCCGCAGUGGCUAUAGUUGUUCCACUGUUUUAUUCCGCUUGUAGUAAAUUGAACCGCUGAUUCAGCGCAGGGUCAGCGUCAGCCUGGGGGUGUGGGGUUGCGGUGUUACUCAGUGACCUACUGUGAUAUUUAUUUGUCAUAAAUAAUUUCUGGGUGUGUAUAAAUGAUUGUAAUCGUAAACUUGUUGCUGUGUAGUUUGAACAGAUUUUCAGAUGUUAAUAUUCUGGGAAUCUGCAGCUUUUAAUGUUCAAAUGGAGGACAGAACUGGAAAAUGAACCUUAAUCUUUAUGUACCUCGUCGUACCGCCCCUUUGAUGAAUACGUGCAAUCUGUCAUUUGCGGGUCAAGCACGUUUUGUUGCAAAUACUAUAUGCCCAGGCCACUAAAUAAGCAUACAUUUGAAAAUGCUUCAGGGUAAUGUCGGCGUGUGUGUGUUGAGAAUUGUUCAACAUGUGUUGCCCUUACAUUUGUCUUUUAUUUUAAAGGGAAUUUUCUGAUGGAUGCGCGAUUGUGGUUUAUCUGUGAAUGCAGAUCUUUAAGUAAGAGGCAGUUUUUGGGUUCGUUAAGCCCAUUGGGCGAAAGUGAGUCACGUGUGCGACGCAUGGACGGGAUGUAUGCCUACUAGCUGAUAUUAUAUAAUUAACCAUAUUACUGUGUUUUUGCAUAGCCACGACUCCUCAGCUGGGUCUCUUGAAACGUAGAUGCAGCGUUUUCCUUUAAAGCGGUGCCUAGUAGGCCGUGCAGUUGUUGCCUUGUGUAACUGUCAGUCAUGAUGUAGCUGGAAAAGGGGGUGAUGUCAGCGUCUUAAUGCUAGGGGAGACACAUCACGGCGAUCUGUUAGUGUGAUCAGCCUUGCGAGAUCUGCUACGAUACCAAGGAUCCCGCAUCCUCCUUAUUCUCCCGCACCUCUCCGUCGGGCCCGAUUUAAUCAUGGACAGCGAUGACGAAAAUAUAGAGGAGAUCGUUGAAGGCCCCCUCGAUGAAGACGACCAGCCACAUGGUUUCUGCACCAUCACCUACUCGUCCAGUGAUCGCUUCGAGGGGCACUUUCUGCAUGGGGAAAAGAACGGCAAGGGGAAGUUCUACUUCUUUGAUGGCAGCACGCUGGAGGGCUUUUACGUGGACGACGCCUUACAAGGCCAAGGCAUCUACACCUACGAGGACGGCGGCGUGCUGCACGGCACCUACGUGGACGGCGAGCUCAACGGCGCCGCCCUGGAGUACGACUCGGAGGGCCGGCUCAUCUUUAAGGGCCAAUACAAGGACAAUAACCGCUGUGGACUCUGCUGGAUCUUCUACCCCGACCGAGGUGCUGUGGUGGGCGAAGUCAACGAGGAGGGCGAGAUGACAGGAGAGAAGGUUGCCUAUGUUUACCCGGAUGGUCGCACCGCCCUGUACGGGAGCUUCGUGGAGGGUGAGCUGAUGGAGUCCCGGCUGGCCACGCUGGUGUCCCAGGACAGCGGCCAGCCGCACGUCCAAGUCGUCCCCGACAGCCCCACCUACACCUACGACAAGUCCACCUCCUCCUGCAUCAGUGCCCACUGCCUGCUGCCGGAUCCCUACGAGUCCCAACGGGUUUACGUGGCCGAAUCGUUAAUCUCAGGAGCCGGAGAGGGGCUGUUUGCGAAGACGGACACGGAGCCCAACACGGUGAUGGCUUUCUACAACGGAGUUCGCAUCACGCACACAGAGGUGGACAGCAGGGAUUGGUCUUUGAAUGGCAACACAAUUUCUCUCGACGAGGACACAGUGAUUGACGUCCCCGAACCAUUCAACAACAUCAAGAUGUACUGCGCCUCGUUGGGCCACAAAGCAAACCACUCCUUCAACCCCAACUGCAUCUAUGACCCAUUCGUCCACCCUCGCUUCGGGCCCAUCAAGUGCGUGCGCACGGUGCGCCCCGUGUGCCGGGACGAGGAGUUGACGGUGGCGUACGGCUACGACCACGCGGCCUCAGGGAAAAGUGGGUUGGAGGCCCCCGGCUGGUAUAAGAGGGAGCUGCAGGUCCACCUGGAUGGCCAGGCGUCCCGGUUGCAGUGAGACGGCCCCCACCCACCCCAACAGCUACACCGUAUCGCCCCAGCCUCCACCCCACCCCCAGAUGACUGCACCAGGGGCUACCACCACAGACCACACCACCACCGACACACAGCGCAGGAACUAUGCACUACAGACCAACCAGGGAUUCAAACUGCCUACUGCUGACGUCAGUCUUCAAGCCAACAUGUCAGGAUACAAGCAAAAAGGUUCUAUUCCUUCAUAAACACGUGGAACUGUCUUGCUGUAUGCCUAUUCUGUCAUCCUUCCCUCACUCCUUAAAUCUCUCUCUCCCCUUCGGUCUUUCACUCGUUCUCUCUGUAUGCAUGAAUAUUACAUCCAUAAUAGUAUCGUACGGUAAAUGCUUUACACUGAAGCUCUAUUGAGGCAUUCCUGACUCGUCAGCAACUGCAUAACCCGACUGGCCCAGUCAGCCGGGUCUCCCUCUGGCCUUCUGACCAGUAAGCGUUUAGCCUAUAAAUGUGUCUACAUCCUCUACUCUGGUGCAGUGUUGUUUGGUUUUUGCUCUUUAAGUUUUUAGGGAUUUUGACAUCAAACCCCUCUCCCUAAAAAAGGAAAAAAAAAAAAAAAAUGUUUGCACCCUCUUUCAACCGAUUGCUUAACUGGCAAUUCAAGGAUCAGGAGUCGUCUGCCUGCUCAUUUAAAUGUUUAUACAGCUUCUAAGCAGGCAGUCCACAAAGGGUUCUUUUUUUUUUUUUUUGAGAAAAGUGCCGAAAGUGGAUGGAUGAAUGAAUGAAUUCUAGCAUCUAAAUGUUGGUAUCAGAACAAUUUUUAAGCCGCUGUUAAAAGGCAUUUCUAAUGAGGGGGUUUUGCACCCCUCUAUGCAUGUGGUCUUGUUUUGACUGAAGUAUGAUGUGUUAAUUUAACUGUUUGUCAUCUGCCGCCUUGAAUCAUGUCACACGCCACAAAUACCAUCAUUAUAUAUAAAAUAAAAAUGGGACUUAACUUGCAGCAUUAGACCUGCUGAAAUCCUAAUAGAAGUAUUAUUUGUAGAAGUUUAAUGAAAUCUUAACGAAAAACAAAAAAGGAGAAAAAAAAAACCAAAACAUUUUGCUUGCCCCAACUCGAAAAUAUUCAGGGCUGUAACUUUUUUUUUUAUCCCCAAUAACAAAAGCGUGAAUUGUUGUGUGUAUUACAGCAGGAUUAUACAUGUUACAUGCUAUAUGUAUCAAAUCUCUUUCCCCAGAAACACUUUAUAAUAAAUUACAUACAUACAUAUAUAUAUAUGUAUGUAUGUAUGUAUGUAUACACACACACACACACACACACACACACACACACACACACACACACACCUAUGAAAUGAAUUUUUAGAAGUCCAAAUUUGUGUGCGCUACACAACAUCUCAUUACACAGUUCUGAUGACAGUUAGCCUGUAUGUUUUUAGACGGAUCUUUAAACUCCUCACUAAACAAACGGGGUUCUGACGUGUGUGCCGGACUGGGUUCUGAGCCCAGUGUAACUGAUAAUCUGUAUGCAAUCAAAAAUUUGCGUCGGCAGUUUAGGUAGCCUAAGUCAAAUGUGUAUCAGGGCACCGACCAAAAGGAAUACUUUUUCGAUGUAUGAUGCAUGUCAGAUUUUCUCCUGUAGGUAGGAGUCGGCUUAUUUUAAAAAUUAUUCACUUGAGAUGAAGACACAUAGAAAGAUGAGAUUAAUGUCUAAAUAGGUCCCAUUUUUAAGUGGAAUAUGUCGUAGUACUGAGGGAGCACUUUGAUGUCUAUAUAUUUAUUUGUCCCCUGCUUGGUUUGUGCAUUUUGAAAAAUCAGAGCUUGGAUAUAUACUCAUUUAUAUUCAUUGCCCAUGGGGUUAUUUACAAAUAAAAAUAUUAAUAGUCUCUAGGUAUUGAUGUAAUAUCCAGUAUGUUAUCACCAUUUUGAAAUCCUCUGUCACACUUAAGUAGCUGUCCAUGUGUAGCAAUAACAUCGAGGAUUCAGAGUAUUUGAUGUAACUAAAUGCUGUCACUUUUUUUUUCCCACUAACAGUCACAAAUGAUAAGGUAAACCCUUUGAGUAGUAUUUAGUACUUGGGAUUACUCAGGAUAACAAUGACAUGGAUACAGUAUUUCUGCAACUGGUAAAUUACAUUUAUAAUUAUGUUCUUUGAUAAACAAAUUAGGCAAUUGCACACAAUUCCUUUUUGUGAUAAUUAAAUGCAUUGACUAGUAAAGAUUUUAUUUACAGCACUAUUUGAAGGCAAAGUAAAUGAAACCAUCAUUGAUCAUGCUGUGUUGGUCAUAAGUUGUGUUUUAAAUUACGCAUUUCAAAUUGUCCAAAUUGUGCAAAAUGAAAAUGUUUGUUUUACUAAACUUGUCAGCAAUGGCAUGUGACACAAGGGCAGUGGAUACAACACCCCCCCCCCCCCUCAAAAAUACUGUGUAGAGAUGAAAUGGUUGUACUGUACAUGAAAAUAGGAGGAGCUUGCACCGUGAAAUUUGCAACAACCAGUAUGUGUGUGUGACCUUAUUGGGUUGUGAAACUUAUUGAAAAGCACACAGAGACUUUAAGUUUCUCGAGGGAAUCUGUGUACCGACUGUCACGGCUGACGAGCUCGGACGGGUCCAUUUAAAGGGUUUAUACUGUAUUUAUUGAGAGAUGGUGUGUUUGUUAAAAUGUUAUCAUCAUACUAACAAUCAGGUUACAACACCUUAGAGGCAUAACGAGACAAAGUCUAAAAAAAAAAAAACUAUAUAUACAUAUAGACACAAAACCUAGAGGUGCUACGGUGGAAGGUGGUGAAGCAGGUGGGCUUUGAUCAAGUCAUAGUCCAACACCUGUGAUUCUUAAACGUAGUUCCGGGAGCCGACUCUGUAAGCCGGUUCUCGUUUCACUUAAAAUCUUCAUUUAUCCAGUUAAAUUCGGCUGUUAAGAAGUAACUGAUUGAUUACUACUAAGUGCGAGCUACUGAUGGGAAGGAAAAAUUAUGCUGAGAGAUUUAUGCCGGCAGCUCAAUAUCAGGGGCUUUAAACUCAAACCUGAACCGGCGUUACACAGUGAUUUUAGGUUAGAGAACGACUGCGUUAACAAACGAAACGUUUUGGAUGUGUGGUCGUCCAUACAAAGAUUUCCAAGCCUUAGGUACGCGGGUCGCCGUUGCGGCCUGCGUUUGAUCAAACCAAGCAGGUGAGCCGGCAUGGCGUUGUUUACAAGACUUGAUACCAGGAUGACUGUGUGCAAGGGAGUGCAAUGCGUGUGCGUUUUUACUCUUAGAUGUGUAGGUGCGAGUGAAUACGAGAUGUGCUCAAAAUGGCAUCAGCAAGCCUUUAAAACAAGGUGUGUCUGGGAUGACUCUUGUAUUACAUUUCAACAUAUAAUAAAGUAAUAAUUACAACGAUAA